AUGCUGCAUCUGGACGGCUCGCAGCCGGAACACGGAGCCCGCCUGCCAGCGGAUACUUUCAGCGGUCAAUCCGGCAACUGCAUCAGCGCGGCUGUGAUGCGGCUGGACACACUUGCCCAGGACAGCGAUCGGGAGGCGCAGGUGGAGACUUUGGUGGAAGCCUCGAACAAGUUUGCGAAACGGUGUCGGUGGACUCACAUCGACACGAGGCACAACAUGGAGGAUCAUGGAGGUGUUUCCGCGGCUGGACAUCAAGGGCGCAUUUCUGCGGUCGCUGGCUGGCUGUCGAAAGCUGAGGGCGCGCUGCACAUUAUGCAGAUAAGCUGCGAUACCCGGGCGCAGAGGCCGGAGCUGCAGAACAGCGAGUGGUAUCUCGAGCUGCAGCGUUACGCCGAUUCUUGGUGGACCGCCUUCCUCGGCGAGUCUCGGAUUGCUUGCCGUGCUGCAACAAGCGCCGGCGCAUGUGCAACUGAGCCAGCCAGCUCCGGCCGUCUGUCGCUGUCUCGGGUGUCUCGCGUUUUCUCACUUUCCAAUAUCCGUUUGCAGUUGCAAACAAGCAGAGGGAGCGGGAGGGGGAGAUGGAGAAGGAGAGGGGGAGAGAGAGAGGGAGAGAGGGAGAGGGAGAGAGGGAGAGGGAGAGAGGGAGAGGGAGAGGGAGAGAUUGCGCAGGUGAGGACUGACAUUUCCCAACAGAUUGCCAAGUCGAUAGGAAUCUUUCGGAGAGGCGUACUUACCGAGUCCCCUAAGUCGUCCAGCCCAGAAACUCGCGAAGACGGAGGCUUCAGGUUUAAGCCUUUUUAG